AUGAUCCUUAAUAAAUAUCAAAUUACAGUUGAUUAAGCAUUUCAAGAUUUUCAAGCUGUUGAAAAAGUUAAAUAAAUAUUAUUCAAACACUGUUCAAUCUAUAAAUUAAUUUUUUAUGGAAAUCGAAAUACCAAGGAUGGAUGA